AUGUCGCCUUCAGUGGGACCGUUUGCCCCUUGCUGCUCCCCAGCUUCAUCAGCUGGAGCUGCUUUUGCAGCAGCAGCAGCAGCAGCAGCAUCACCAGCAGCAGCAGCAGCAGCAGCAGCAUUACCACGAUCACCACUAGCAGCAGCAGCAGCAGCAGCAACAGCAACAACAGCAGCAACAUCUAUAUCAGCCUCAUCAGCACCACCAUCACCAUCACCCCGAUCCCCAGCAGCAGCAACACCCCUAGCAGCACCACCUCCAGCAACACCCCCACCACCAGCAGCAGCAGCACCCGCCCCAGCCGCCCCAGCAGCAGCAGCAGCAGCAGCAGCAGCAGCAGCAGCAGCAGCAGCAGCAGCAGCAGGAGAGUUUGAGGUAGAGUCUAUACUGAGGGUGAGAGAAACAGCCAGCGGGUUUCAGGCGCUCAUCAGGUGGAAGGGCUUCGACCUCAAAGAUGCCACUUGGGAGAAAGUUAGCUCCUUACAAAACCCCUAUCUCAGGGCUCUGGCUGAGCAUAUGGUGGAGGAGUAUAGAAAGAAAGCAAGAAAACACAGAUUCAUACAAACGCGAGCAGCUCUGUGUCUCUGGGCCCCUGCUCUCUACUGGGUGCCUGCGGUCAAGCAGCAGCAGCAGCAGCAGCAGCAGCAGCAGCAGCAGCAGGGGCAGCAGCAGCAGCAGCAGCAGCAGGGGCAGCAGCAGCAGCAGCAGCAGGGGCAGCAGCAGCAGGGGCAGGGGCAGGAGCAGGGAGAGCAGCAUCUCAGUCAUGUGCAGGCAGUAGCAGCAGCAGCAGCAGCUGCUGCUGUUGCUGCUGCAUCGGCGGAGAAGAAAGCAGCAGCAGCAGCUGCUGCUGCUGCUGUUGCUGCUGAGCUGCAGCAGCUAGAUGCAGCAAUUGCUGCUGCUUGUCACCAGAUGGAUGUCGAUGAGUUUCAGAAUGUUAUAUACACCCGAAAGGCCUUAGCAGCAGAACGCCCAGCAGCAGCAGCAGCAGCAACAGCAACAACAGCAGCAGCAGUAGUAGCAGCAGCAACAGCAACGCCUGCUGCUGCUGCAGCUGCUGCUGCUAUGCAGGAGAAACGAACCGCAGCGGUGAGGCAUGGGAGAGAGAGCACCUGCAGCAAAAGCAGCAGCAAAGGCAGCAGCAAGGGCAGCAACAGCAGCAACAGCAGCCGUACCAGCGGAGGAGCAGCAGCAGCAGCAGCAGCAACAGCAGCAGCAGCAGCAGUGGGCAUCCAGGAGCAGCAGCGAAAUAUCUCAGCCGAGGCAGCUGCUCUGAAGCCCAAGGCCAAUGCAUGCGGAGACAACCCCAGCAGCAACAGCAAAAGCAAGAGCAGCAGCAGCAGCAGCAGCAGCAGCAACUGCAGCAGCAGCAGCAGCAGCAGCAGCAGCGAAGUGCAAAUGAAUGUUUAUGAGGCUCCCAAGCCUUUAAAAGCAGCAGAAGGGAGAAAGAAAAUGCGCAAGAUAGACUCACCAACUGCUGCUACUGCUGCUGCUGCUGCACCUGCUGCUGCUGCUGCCGCUGCUCCGGCUGUUGCUGCUGCUCCGGCUGCUGCUGCUGCUGCUGCCUCCAGCAGCAGCAGCAAAGCGAGAGGAGAGUAUAUUUCUUCAGCAGAAAAUAUGUGCUCCUCUGUCGGUACGCAUAGGGGAACAGCAGCAGCUGCAGCAGCAGCUCCAGCAGCAGCUGCAGCAGCAUCACCACAGGCAGCAGCAGCAGCAAACGCAGAAGCGCCGGAUUCAGCUCAGGCAGCAGCAACUGCAGCAAAAGCAGCAGCAGAAGCAACAACAGCAUCAGCAGCAACAGCAGCGGGAGCAGCAGCAGCAGCAAGUACAUCAUCAGCAGGCAUAACCCCCCGGGGUGUAACAGCAGCUGAUGCAGAAGCCUUAGCAGCUUCAGCAGCAGCAGCAGCAGCAGCAGCAGCCUCUGCAGCAGCAGCAGCAGCAGCAGUAGCAAAAGCAGCACCUCCUGCUGCUGCAGCUGCUGCUGCUGCUCAUACAAAUGGAGUUUUUGACUUCGCCGAGAAAUUCAGAAGAGUGACGGAAAUGUAUGAAGAGUUGAUGCGGGGCUUCAGCUGCAGCGAGUUGGGCUGCAGCACGGAGCAGCAGCAGCAGCAGGAAGAACAGCAGCAGCAGCAGCAGGAAGAACAGCAGCAGCAGCAGCAGCAGCAGCAGCAGCAGCAACAACAGCAACGACAACAUGAACAGCAACAGCAGAUGCAAGAACAGCAGCAGCAAGCUUCGCACACACAGAAACAGAAUCGGAGUUACGAUGCCCAGGAUCGCCAGCAGCAGCAGCAGCAGCAGCAGCAGCGGCAGCAACAGCAGCAGCAGCAGCAGCACAGGCGGAGCGAGGAGGAUUGGCAGCAGUAUCGGGAGAGGAGAGGAAGCCCGGGCCAGCACCGUUCACAGCAGCAGCAGCAUUAUCAGCUGCAACAGCAGCAGCAGCACCACCACCACCAGCAAGAACGGCAGCGGCAGCAGCAACAGCAGCAGCAGCAGCAGCACGAGCGGCGGGAUUGGCGGUUGCAGCGAUCUGAGUCUCCUGAUGUUGAAAUACGAGCGAGGAGGAUUCGCCGGGACUACAGGGAGGAGGACAGGGAGCAGCAGCAGCAGCAGCAGCAGCAGCAGCCGUGGUGGGAGCAGCAGCAGCAGCGGCAGCAGCGGCAGCAGCAGCGGCAGCGGCAGGGUGAGGCUUCUCGUGGUUCUAGUAGGGAGAGGGUAUGGGAGCAGCAGAGGAGACACAGAGAAACAAACAGAGACAGAGAAGCAGCAACUCCUGCUGCGCAUCGCAGCAGGCCAGGCAGCCGCCGCAGCAGCACAGGUCCUGACAGCAGCAGCUACAGCAGCAGCAGCAGCAGCAGCAGCAGCAGCAGCAGCAGUUACAACAGGAACAGCAGCAGCUACAGCAGAAACUAUAGCAGCAGCAGCUACAGUGGCAGCUACAGCAGAAGCAACAGCAGCUACAGCGGCAGCUACAACAGCAACGGCAGCAGCAGCAGCAGCAGCAGCAGAGGCUACUACAGCAGCAGCAGCAGCAGCAGCAGUAGCAGCAGCAGCAGCAGCUGGUCAUCUCGGCAUCGCCGUCGGUCUCCGUCUGUGGAGGAGAGGAGCAGAAGCGGCAGGCGGGAGCAUCCGUAUUAUAAUAGGAAUCAUGAUCAGCAGCGGGAGCGGUAUCAGCAGCAGCAGCAGCAUUCUCCCAGCUAUCGUGAGCAGCAGCAGCAGCACCAGCAGCAGCACCAGCAGCAGCGGCAGCAAUUCAGGGAAAGCAGACAACACAGCCCUAGGUCGUGUGAGGGGCGAGGAGACCACCGCUUGAGGCCACGCAGCCGCAGCCCUGAGCAGCAGCGGCAACAGCGGCAGCAGCAGCAGCAGCAGCAGCAGCAAGACAUGCAUCAAGAGCCGUUGCAGCGUUUUCAAACCCAAAGGGAUUAUUCAGAGGGAUCCGCAAACGAAGAUCAGCAGCAGCAGCAGCAGCAGCAGCAGACUAGCCAGCAACGUAUAGAGGGGACAACAGCACAGCAGCGUACAGACAGACGUCAGCAGCAGCAAGACGACCAUGAGCAGCAGCAGCAACAGCAGCAGCAGCAGCAACCGCAGCAACAGCAGCAGCAACAAGAAGCAGGUGCGAGCCUGCCGCUGUGGCGAGCUAACCGUCUAGGGCAGCAGCAAAUGCAGCAGCAACAAACGCCGCAGCAGCAGCAGGCUCACAACAGCGGGGAUGGCUAUCUGAAGCAAAACGAACAGCAGCAGCAGCAGCAGCAGGAGCCGCUGCAGCAGAAACCACAGCAGCAAGUGCAGCUACGCGAGGCGCAACACCGACGAAUGCAGGAACAGGAGCAGCAGCAGCAGCAGCAGCAGCGUCACGAGACAUAUGAACGCAGCUGGCGAGAUGACCAGUGGUCUUCGUUUGAGGGUCAGCCUGAAGAACGCCGCAGAAUAAGAGAGGCAGAAUAUAUGAAGACAGACAGCAGCUCGAGUUUCUCUCUCCGGGCUGUCAGCAGCAGCAGCAGCAGCAACAGCAGCAGCAGCAGAAGCAGCGGCAGGUGUUCCUUUAGCAACGAAGGCAGUGCACCUCGGAGCCGCAGCAAGAGUUCAGGCCGAAGCUGCGAGCAGCCGACACACAGACGUGUCUGUGCGCCUGCUGCUGUGGUGCUACAAGCAGCAUCAGACGCAGUAACACCAGAAACAGCAGCAGCAGCAGCUGCUGCUGCUGCAGCAGCAGCAACUGCAGCGGCAGUAUCAACAGAUUCAUACUUCGCUUCUUCUUCCAGCCAUACCUGUGUGCGUCAGUCAUCUCGCUCUAUUCACUCAUCACAGGUAGGGGGGCACCGGGGGGCCCCCAGAUCUGUGGGGGCCCCUGAGUCCCGGGGGGGCCCUCGGUCUAUGGGGGCCCCUGAGGCCCCUCAGGGGCCCCCUAGAGGCCGAGUUAAUAACUGUGCAGAAGGCCGCCGUGUUCUGCUGCGGAGCCGCUCGCGCAGCCGUGAAUUUGAAUUUGCCUCCGUUGUGCGGCGAGACUCAACAUGCAGGCUUAGUGAAGCGAAACAUACAGACGAGGGACAGGGAAGGGGGCCCCUGCGGGAGUCCCCAGAGGGGCCAGUACAGAGGAUCGUGAGGGGGGCACCAGACGGGCAAAUAGAGAGGCAAAUAGAGAGGCCCUUGCGGGGGCCCCCAGAAGGGCCCGUAGAGAGAACCGUUAGGGGGCCCCCAGAGGGGCCCGUAGAGAGGUCUGUGCGGGGGUCCCCAGAGGGGCCCCUUCAGGGGCCCCCGGAGGGAUCGCCAGAGGGGCGACCAUCUCCCUGGAAAGUUUGGGGGUGCCAGCAAGGGGACCCAGUGAGCAGCGGGAUAGAGAGGCAGAAGCAGCAGCUGGUGCUGCUUCUGGUGCUGCUGCAACCACGCCAAAACCGUAAAAGAGAACUACAGCAGCAUUUAUAG